AUGUGUCUUCUAUUUGUGGAUUUACACAUUACUUAUUUUGAAAAAGUGAAAUGAUCUUUCAAAAACCAUAGGUAGCCAGUGAAUUAAAAAAUAAUCUUGAUAGGACUAAAUUCUGGUUUGAAUUUCUUUUUCAUUUUGACCAUCUUGUGUGGCUUCUUCAGACUGUUAAGAAUGUCUCUUUUUCCCUUGGGGCUUUCUUUUCUUAUUUGAACUGGUUUUGAUGUUCUGUUCCCUGUCCUGUAGUUAGGAAAAAUGAGGCUGACAAUCCCAUGCCGUGCAGUGACUUGUACACAUCUGCAGUGUUUUGAUGCUGCCCUUUAUCUACAAAUGAAUGAGAAGAAGCCCACCUGGAUUUGUCCCGUAUGUGACAAAAAAGCUGCCUAUGAAAGUCUGAUAUUAGAUGGGCUUUUUAUGGAAAUUCUCAAUGACUGCUCUGAUGUGGAUGAGAUCAAAUUCCAAGAAGACGGUUCUUGGUGUCCAAUGAGACCGAAAAAAGAAGCUAUGAAAGUAUCCAGCCAACCGUGUGCAAAAAUAGAAAGUUCAAGUGUCCUCAGUAAGCCUUGUUCAGUGACUGUAGCCAGUGAGACAAGCAAGAAGAAAGUGGAUGUUAUUGAUCUAACAAUAGAAAGCUCUUCUGAUGAAGAGGAAGACCCUCCUGUCAAAAGGAAAUGCAUCUUUAUGUCAGAAACACAAAGCAGCCCAACCAAAGGGGUUCUCAUGUAUCAGCCAUCUUCUGUAAGGGUGCCCAGUGUGACUUCGGUUGAUCCUGCCGCUAUUCCACCUUCAUUAACAGACUACUCAGUACCAUUCCACCACACGCCAAUAUCAAGCAUGUCAUCAGAUUUGCCAGGUUUGGAUUUUCUUUCCCUUAUUCCAGUUGAUCCCCAGUACUGUCCUCCUAUGUUUUUGGAUAGUCUCACCUCAUCCUUAACAGCAAGCAGUACGUCUGUCACCACCACCAGCCCCCAUGAAAGCAGUACUCAUGUUAGUUCAUCCAGCAGCAGGAGUGAGACAGGGGUCAUAACCAGCAGUGGAAGUAACAUUCCUGACAUCAUCUCAUUGGACUAAAGAAGGACUCACUUGAUUCUGGGAAUCAUUCAUCAAAACUGCUCUUUCUUGGAUUUCUAGUCCUUCAAGCAAUUUUUUUUUCUUUUUUUUUUUUUUUUUGGCAAUUUGAUAUUUAUUGAAACGUCAGAUGGAUUCUUUUGCUUUCUGAGAGAUGAACACAGAUGACUCCAGCAAGAACCAAAUGACAUGCAAGGACUUCUUACUCGUGUCAUAUGCUGAGCAUCAGUUCAGCCAUAGCAGUGUCUUCUUGAGUGGUGGAUUUCAAUUUCAUACAUUACUGGAUGGAUUCUACAAUUCAGUCGAAAUUUUUUGUUACAAUAAACAGCAAUAAAAUGAUGUAAAUAUUUAAACUUUUCUAA